GAAAGCGAUCGAAAUUGGCGCCCCUUUUCCUUUUCCCUUUCUCUCUCAAAACUCAAAAGCUGGAUCGACAAAUCAAUCACACCACACAUAACUAGAAAAGGGAGAAAGAAAGCAAAAGCAAAAGCAAAAAAAGAAAAACUAACAGUAACCAAUCAUAAGAAGAAGCAUGUCAUUGCGAAGGCGAACCUUGCUCAAGGUCAUCGUUCUCGGCGACAGCGGGGUUGGAAAGACCUCGUUGAUGAAUCAAUAUGUGCAUAAGAAGUUUAGUCAGCAAUAUAAAGCCACAAUUGGUGCUGAUUUUGUCACUAAAGAACUCCAAAUUGAUGACAGACUUGUCACUCUACAAAUAUGGGACACUGCAGGGCAAGAGAGGUUUCAAAGUCUUGGGGUUGCAUUUUAUAGAGGAGCAGAUUGCUGUGUUCUAGUGUAUGAUGUUAAUGUCAUGAAGUCAUUUGAUACCCUUGACAACUGGCAUGAGGAGUUUCUCAAACAGGCAAACCCUUCUGAUCCAAGGACUUUUCCCUUCAUAUUGCUUGGAAACAAAAUUGAUAUUGAUGGCGGGAAUAGUAGAGUGGUUUCUGAGAAGAAAGCAAAAGACUGGUGUGCUUCAAAAGGGAAUAUUCCCUACUUUGAGACAUCUGCAAAAGAGGACUACAAUGUUGAUGCUGCAUUCCUUUGUAUUGCCAAGACUGCUCUAGCCAAUGAGCAUGACCAGGACAUAUAUUUUCAAGCUAUUCCAGAGGCAGCUCCAGAGAAUGAGCAGAAGGGUGGUUGCCAAUGCUGAUCGGAAAGGUUGAAUGAUCUCACCAAUUUCUGAUCGCGUGGAGCAGAUUCUUCAGAUUCUUUUUGGUCUCGGUGAUUUUCUUCUCUUUUUGUACACUCUGUGCAAUGCUUGUGAGUAAAAUGUACCUUGACGCUUGAUGUUGCCACGGUAGUCCUGAUUUCAGAUGGACAAGCUUGUGAGUGUUGGAUUUGUUGGAAAGAAUGUUAAAUUCAUUUACCACGGGUUGCUUAGACAAAAAAAAUUCACAUUAAUUCUCAAAUUUGUGGCAUGAGAAUGAUUUAUUUUCAGUUUGGGGAACCUGAAAUGGUAAUCGAUCAUCGAACACACAAAUUUACUUGUA